GGCUCCAAAAUUUAAAUGAAACUGGAAAAAAUACAUAGAUGCAGCAUUGCAGCCUUUCCAGAUGUUUGGGGAUAAUAUUCCAGAGAGAAGUUGAUCCCCUUGGAUUAGGUAACUAGUCAUAAUGAAGAAAAUUAGUCUUAAAACCUUCCGGAAAUCUUUUAACUUGAAUAAAAGUAAAGAAGAAACGGAUUUCAUGGUAGUACAACAACCAUCACUAGCCAGUGACUUUGGAAAAGAUGAUUCCUUGUUUGGUAGCUGCUAUGGUAAAGAGAUGGCCAGCUGUGAUAUCAAUAGUGAAGACGAAAAAAGCGGGAAAAACAGAUCAAAAAGUGAAAGCCUGAUGGGUACAUUGAAAAGGAGACUUUCUGCAAAACAGAAGCCAAAAGGCAAGGCCAGCAUACCUUCUGGGAGCUCAGCUGAUGAGGACACCUUCUCCUCUUCCUCAGCACCAAUAGUCUUUAAAGAUGUGAGAGCUCAGAGGCCAAUUAGGUCCACUUCCCUCCGCAGUCAUCACUAUAGCCCCACACCUUGGCCUCUUAGACCUACAAACUCUGAGGAGACGUGUAUCAAGAUGGAGGUGAGAGUCAAAGCCUUGGUCCACUCUUCCAGUCCAAGUCCAGCACUGAAUGGCGUUCGGAAGGACUUCCACGACCUUCAGUCCGAGACUGCCUGCCAGGAGCAAGCAAAUUCACGGAAGAGCUCGGCAUCUCAGAAUGGAGACUUGCAUCUUCACCUGGAUGAACAUGUGCCUGUAGUUAUUGGACUUAUGCCUCAGGACUACAUUCAGUAUACCGUGCCUUUAGAUGAGGGGAUGUAUCCUUUGGAAGGACCGCGUAGCUAUUGUCUGGACAGUUCUUCUCCCAUGGAAGUCUCUGCAGUUCCUCCUCAAGUAGGAGGGCGCUCCUUCCCUGAAGAUGAGAGUCAGGUAGACCAGGACCUAGUCGUUGCACCAGAGAUCUUUGUGGAUCAGUCCGUGAAUGGCUUGUUGAUUGGCACCACGGGAGUCAUGUUGCAGAGCCCGAGAGCCAGUCAUGAUGAUGUCCCUCCACUCUCACCACUGCUACCUCCAAUGCAGAAUAAUCAAAUCCAAAGGAACUUCAGUGGACUUACUGGCACAGAUGCCCAUGUGGCUGAAAGCAUGCGCUGUCAUUUGAAUUUUGAUCCUAACUCUGCUCCUGGGGUUGCAAGAGUUUAUGACUCGGUGCAGAGUAGUGGUCCCAUGGUUGUGACAAGCCUUACAGAGGAGCUGAAAAAACUUGCAAAACAAGGAUGGUACUGGGGACCCAUCACACGCUGGGAGGCAGAAGGGAAGCUAGCAAACGUACCAGAUGGUUCUUUUCUUGUUCGGGACAGUUCUGAUGACCGGUAUCUUUUAAGCUUGAGCUUUCGCUCCCAUGGUAAAACACUUCACACUAGAAUUGAGCAUUCAAAUGGUAGGUUUAGCUUUUAUGAACAGCCUGAUGUGGAAGGACAUACGUCCAUAGUUGAUCUAAUUGAGCAUUCAAUCAGGGACUCUGAAAAUGGAGCUUUUUGUUAUUCAAGGUCUCGGCUGCCUGGAUCUGCAACUUACCCAGUCAGACUGACCAACCCAGUAUCCCGGUUCAUGCAGGUGCGUUCUUUGCAGUACCUGUGUCGUUUUGUUAUACGUCAGUAUACAAGAAUAGACUUAAUUCAGAAACUGCCUUUGCCAAACAAAAUGAAGGAUUAUUUACAGGAGAAGCACUACUGAAAGAAUAAGAACCCUGCAUCUUGCACUUUGGGAAUAAGAAAAAGAGAUUGAAAUACAGUUUACAAACUUUCAUUGCCAUCAGAAUCUUUUGCUGCCAUAACUAUUUCAGUUUUAUGUGUAAAAGAGUCAUCUUUUUGUUUAGGGGUAGGAAAGUGUCCACAAGGUGUCUUGGGUUUGUUUUGGUUUCUUUAAAAAGGGAAGUCUUGAGAUUUUAGAAGUGUGAAUUAUUUUUCAUCAAUGUGCAGAAUAAUCACAAUGUGAAUUAUCAAAUUUUCCUUAAUGCCCCCCCAUCCUUUGCUGCUAUCCACUGUGAUUUUUAUGCAUUAAAAGCACAUUUCAUGUGUAUUCAACCCUAAGUAAAGUUGAAUGAAACCUAUUGAGUGAAAAUUACUGUGUCUUUUUAAAUGGCCCGUUUUCAAAAGGUAGUGUUGAAUAAACAUACCAGUGUGAUAAAACACAGAAUUUACAUAUACACUGAAAAUGAUUUUUUAAUCUCAUACUUUAAAAAGUUUUUAUUAGAAUUAUGACAUAGUCUUGGGUAAUGGAAUGCAGAUCUUCAACAUAUCUUUUACAGCAUUCUUUUCUAAAUUAUUUUUAAGGUUGUGGUGAUUUUUUGGUUGUGAAAAGUUGAAUUUUUCUGUUGCCUUCAUUUCAUCUUGUGAUUUGUCUAUUUUAAUAAAUGGCCUUACAUUAAAAAUUGUUAAGAAAUGUAUACCACCAAUUUAGAAAUUGUUGCCUUUUCUGUCAUUAAACUCGGGUACAAAUUGGCAUAACAUAUAAAGACCUAUGGAACUAGAACUAUUAUUAAAGAAAUAUUAGAUGAUCAUAGUUUCCUGUGAUAGCAUUUUUUGUGUUAUCUAUACUUUCUUUUGGUAAAAUGUUUUAUCUGUGAUUUCUUUAGUUAGUCAACAUUUCCUUGAGUAAACUUGAUUGUACAACUAAUUUUCAUAAAUGGACUGGAUUCACUUGCAACAUUAAAGUUGAUAUGAGGUUUUAAAUGGAUUUAAAUAGAAAGAAAACAUUGACUUAAGGUUGGAUUUAUAUUUUUCUAUUAUGCAGUCACUAUAAAAUUGUGCUGGAUUUGAAUGCUCUUUCCUCCCACUAAAAAUAACCCCCUAUGACUUUAGUUAAAACAUUGUGGAAAUCUUUGGAGCAAUUUUUCUUACAAUAUAAAAAAAAAAUUGUAUCAGAUACUCUUCCAUUUAAAAAUAGGCUUUUAUUUAUUUCUUAAUUUAGCUAACUCUUAAGUAAUUUGGCAUCAAUUAGUUAUUUUAUCUCUUUGAGUCAGUUGUAGGGAGGGGAUGUUAUGCUCAAUCAUUUUUAGUUAUUUUGAUGAAAUGCAGAAUGUUCCACAAUUUUGCAGUGUAUAUAGUAUUUUGGAAUUGCCCUGUCCAGAAAAUGUUUCCAGCUACACAGUUUUAAAGGAAAAUGUUCCCAUCUCAAAUGAAACAUGUAAUAUGAGAUGUUUCUUUGCCACUUAAAAUUUUUCUAUCUUUUACUUGCUUUAAACACAAAGGUCUUUGUUCAAACUUGUGGCUUUUUCAAUUCAAACAUAUAUCUAUCCACUCUUUUUUUUUUUCCAGAACUGAGAUAUUACCAAGAAAAAAGGCACAAUGCCACAAUAUUAUGGUGUUGUAUAUGGUAUUUUGACUUAAAGGGGAAAAGGUACUUAAUUUUGGUGGAAUGUUGAUUGUACCUUGUCACAAAGACUCCUCUUUCAUUUUCUGAUAUGCUUUCACCUAGUAAGAUGGAAUGUGGAGUAUACUGUAAUAAUAUAAGUGCUCACUAUAAGCUAUUGGGAUUAAGAACUAUUAACAGAGUUGUAAGCUUGUUAUCAAAUUAAUGCAAGACAUUUAAACUAUUUUUUUGCAAAACUAUUUAUUUUUAAACAACUUAAAGUAUAUCUAGGGUGAGUUAAAAGUCCCUGUGCAUCUAUAUUAGAUGGCAGGUAUUGUCACAGAGUCACUGUGUAUUAAUAAUAAAUGUUGAAAUGGCUUCUCCCUGUCUCCAGAAGCAUUUACGUCCUCCUUGUGAGAUCAUGGUGCACAGAGGUCUUUGGACUGCCCUGAACCCGUCUUAUGUGGACAUAGCCUGUUCCCCGCAUUUUCUCAUGGUGUCAUGUGUUUCAGGUCUAUCCACUUAGUGUUAAGAUCAUUCUGAUUUUCAUCUAAAUAUUUUAAAAAUUGUAAUAUGUGUUUUAGUGGAGGACGAGUCUUGAUACUGUUCUAAUUCAGAAAGCCAAUUUUGAUAUGCUUUUGUAUAUUCAUACUAUAUGACUUUAAAGUAAUAUGCCCUAUUCUAAUUCAGUUCGAAAUUGUUAGAUUCUGCUAGAAUAAUAAAAACAGUAUUUGCCAAAAAAAAAAAAAUUUACAAACAGAAAGGUAUGUAGCAAUAUUUUCUAUGUUUGUGUAGAAAGAUGCCCAUCUGGGAUAGGGGAGCACAACAUAAUGUGAAAGAUUGGCUUUAUGUGAUACUAAAGUAGUCUGGUUAAAAGUGGAAAGGGGGAAGAAGAAAGAGAUAAUUUCAUCCUAUAGUUUGGUCUAGAUACAAUUUGGUUACAUUUUUGAAUUCUAUUGAAAGGUAGUGUAGAUGCUAUGGACACAACCUGUAAGUGAUUUUUAAAUAUGCACUUCUAGAAAUCUGAGAAAAAGAAAACAAAAACGCUGUAUCCAUCUGCCAUAAUAAAUGAACCAGAAUUGUUUUCUAUCAAAUUCUUCAUCACAAAUCUUGAUGGAGGCCAGAAGCAAAUUUCAGGCUUACUAGGACACUGCUAUACAUUUUCAUAAAUAAUAAGUAAGCUGUAGAAAGUCCUUGAAAAAAAUCUCACUCUCUUUCUGCCUAAUGGAAACUAUUCUCUUUCUACUUGGUGCAAUAAUCUGGAAUUUUAGAAGGUCAAAAUAUAUCACAGGAAAUGAUCAUAGAACUAAAAAUAGUUUUUAAGGAAACCAGCUACACAGGGCAACCAUUUUGCUUUUGAGGAAAAUCAUGUGCCAAAAGGCUAAAUCAUUGGCUUAUAGGAAAUAAAACCUAAAGUGUACAUCAUAAUUUCUGAGCCAGUAUUACUGAACAGGAUAAAAGUUACUAAAGUCUUACAUAAGUUUAUGCAAUGUCCCUGCUAGUGCUACAAAUCUAAAUAUCUUUGUAACAAUGCUUUCAGAAAAUGCCAAUUUUAAUUACUAUAUCUUUCACAUUAUAUAUGAGAGACACUUUAUGAAUGAUUCAAAAAUAAUAUAUUUUCAUUUAAAUCUUAAUUGCUUUUCAUCGAAUGUGAAGUCUUAAUUUGAAAAUGAAAUUACACUACCAGCAAUAGAGUUUUGAUGAAUACUCUAAUAAGGAACAAUAACCAGUUCCAUAAUAACUUUAAAAUUCUAAAGGUAUUGGUACGCUAGCAAUCACAAAUUUGGUUUCUUUUAAUACUUUUUAAAUCCUGUAUAGAAGGUUUUUUAUAAACAUCCUUUUUUAAAUCUAUCAUAACAUGGCAAAAUGCAUAGUUGCUAUUUCUGAAAAGUGUUCCAAACUCUACAUCCAGAGGUGAUGAAAAAUUCUUAUAGAAUUUUGUAAUGAGUAUACAUGUUGAGUUAAAGAAAUUUCAUAGUUGUUGGAGUGCCAUGAAAUUAAUACUUGCAAUUCAGAUUGCUGUAGUUUACACUUUUUCUGUAUGUUUCAAAUCAGGUGUGUACCAUUUGUACUGAGAACACCACAGAACGAAUUAUCCAAAGUCCAUUGAUUUUAAUAUGUGUUUUGGUUUGUAAACAAAUUAUAGUAAUUUCUUGCACAUUUUUGGAAAUUAAUUGUAUAAGAAUUUAUGUAUCUGCUUCUAGAUACAGUGUGUAAAUAAAUAUUUCAUUCACAAGA